GCCCCAUUCGAUCAACAAAUGCAUGCCUGAAAAGUGAAAGAUGGCUUGCAAGUUGCAACUUUUGCGUCUUCCAGACUUCUGCUCGUGCUGAUCUCUACACGUGACAAGAUACAGGGCAAACCUACAUGUUCGUAUAGGCCAUAGCUGGUAAUGUGGCGCAUAGGGAGCCCAUACGUUCUACAAGUCAACCAUGCUGGGCCUGGUGGACUGUACUAGUUGGCUGGUGUUCAUAGCGUAUGUCACACUUUUUGUCAACAACAAUCUUCUGAUAGCUUUCACAAAAGACAAGGAUAACAGUUAUAGCUACAGCACAGUGCUAGUGGUGCUGCUGAUAGAGCUGUCCAAACUCACUGUUGCGACCAUAUUCUACUGCCACAAAUAUUCAUUUCAUAACUUAGUAGCGGAUCUGCAGUCAAAUAAAACAGCCUUUGCCUACUACCUGAUUCCUUCGGUCCUGUACAGUAUAUUCAACAACUUGGUGUUCCUGAAUCUAGCCAAUUACAACCCUACAAACUAUGCAAUCCUCCUGCAGUUCAGCAUAGUUAUCACUGGUGUGAUUUAUCAGUGCUUAUUUAAGAAAGACCUUAGCUGGCAGCAAUGGAUUUCGCUUUCCAUCCUGACAUUAGGCUGCGUCAUUUCACACAUGGAGGAAGCUAAUGAAGUCUUCUUGGAGCUGAGAGACGUUUUCAUCCUCAUCCAGGUGCUAUGCUCCUCCUUUGCAGGAGUCUACAACGAGUACUUGCUCAAGAACUACAGCAGCCAGCUGGACUUCUGGCUGCAAGGUAUUUUCAUGUACGCAAAUACCAGUAUGUGUUGUGUAGUGUUAGUGACCAUAUCGGGAAAACUUAGUCCAGGAGUGCUAACUGCGUCCAGCCUGAAGUCGGUGUUUGAGCCAGUCGUCAUUUUGAUAGUUGUUAACAAUGUGAUCGCGGGAUUGGUCACCGGUCUAUUUUUGUACAAGCUGAACUCCAUCUUGAAGAAAUUUGCCUUAGCAAUAGAGAUGGUUGCCCUUGCAAUAUUGAGCAGAGCUCUCCUCGGUACGACUGUCAACUUCACAAAGGCCGUUUCUAUUUUACUUGUUUCAGUUUCUGUCAUUGUUUAUUCUCUGAAUCCCUUGGCUAUUAAGAGCGAAGUGGUUGUCAAGCCUGGCUUGAAGUUGUCAAAUGGUGAUGCUCGCUAGCUUUUACAGUGUGUGACGUGGGGGGUGGGGAGUCUCACAACAUUCAUGUUCUUUUAAGAAUGCUCUUUUCAGAAUGCUCUUUUUGGGGUACUUUCAAGCCCCUGAAAGCAUCUUGUUCCCAACCGGGAAAAAGCCAUUCUGGUAAUAAUGAUAGGUACAUUUCUCAUCUAGUUUCCAUGCACACCAAUACUGUUGCUGUGUGCACCAUACGUGAUGAGAGUCACUUCUCUCGCAUGACUGAUUAUUAUGACUGAAUAUGCACAAACCAAUCACAGGUGCGACACCUACACAUUUAAAUGAAACCAAAAUUAUAUAAAUGGGACCUUGUAUUCACGUUAUCUGCCUACCAGUUUGAUAUUACAAGAAUCAAGUAUGUCUCGUAUUUACAAAGCAUUACAAGUGCCAUCUUCUUUCUCACAAGUUGAACGUUUACAUUUUUCAAUGAUGUGCAACUCUCAAUUGAGUAAACCAUAUACAUGUACAUUGUGUGUGACUCUUUCAAUGAGCACCUGGUUCAGGAACAGUGCUCGGUUCCUUUCCUAUGUGCAAUGCACUCCAGACUGGGCUAGGUGGCAGCCUUUGUAGUGUUGCUUCACAUUAAAUAAUGACAUUGGGUUUGAAGGGUCCUCGCUAUCCAUGGAAUUCCACACUUAAUACCCAUAUUGUUCUUGCUUGAUUAGAGCACAUCUGGGUAUUGUCACAUGGUUUCAGUGGAACUGUGUUCCCAUGAAGAAAAGUAAACUGAUUCCUAUAGGUAUUACUACUGUAAAUGGUACCUUUGUGGAGACAAUUUAGCGUCAAAAACGUAUAU